AUGCGCUUCUCGUCCUUCAUCUCUGCCUCGAUGGCCACGGCCACCGCUCAGGACCUGAUCAGUGUUCUGCAAUCCCAGCCCGACUUGAGCGUCCUUUUCGAAGCUCUGCAAACCGUCCCAGAACUAGCAAGCACUCUGAACGGUUGUUCUAACAUCACCAUCCUCGCACCGACUGAUGGAGCGUUCACUGCGUUGCUCUCUGCGCCCCUGAACGCCGAGAAUCAAGCUCUGAACACCAAAGACCCUAACGGCACCAUCAACUUGCUGAGUUACCAUGUCUUGAGAGAGCCACUGCCAUCUGCGUCGACCCCGUCCACUCCGACGUACGUUCAAACGUUGUUCACUAGCGGCAUCCCCAUCCUGGGAAGCACCAGGACAAACGUAACUGGCGGACAGAAUGUGCAAAUCGUCAGUAACGGUUCUGCUGUACAGUGUCUCUCCGGGGACCUCCAAAUCUCGCCCGUAGUUGAAGCGGACAUUACUAUUGGCGACAUUGUAGUCCACAAGAUCGAUAGUGUCCUGAGCAUCCCCAACAACAUCACGACCACAGGCCCACAAGUCGGUGGUACAGCUGCCGUCCCGUACAUCGAAGCAGCAGGUUUGGCCGAGACACUGGAUAUUGUGCCAGACCUGACGCUUUUCGUUCCGACGAAUGACGCCGUUGACGCCAUCGGGUCCGUACUCGCAGGCGCUAGCAUCGAAUUCGUCGCAGAAAUCCUGCAAUAA